UUGCCCAGGAAUAAAGACCGAAGUAGACAUAAAAGAAAGGGUGUUUUGAUUUUGUACUUUGUAUCCUUUCAGGUUUAUUAAAAUGGCUCUUCUUAACAGAAAGUUGAAAGAAAAGCCUGUAGAAGAAGUUGCUCUGUUGGUUCAACCAGAAAAAGUUGUUUUAGUGGACGUUGAAGACGACGAAGAUGAGGGAGAGAGCGACCAGGAGAGCUUCAACCAUCAUGGCAUCACUCUAUGGGUUUCCGAUGCUGUAAUCUUGAUUAUAGAACAUUUGCAGAUAUUUGCUUUGAUUUUAGCAAUGUCAGAACGAUGGGGCUAUCCAUUUGACUUUAUAAAAAGGGUUUAUUACGUGUUUCUCAUCAAUCUAGACGUUUGGGAAUUUAUGAAAGUGAAUUGGGAAGCAUAUACUGGCUCCACUACAAGUUUUGUUCCUUCGGCAAACAUGCCUUUUGGAUAUCAGCCAUACUUUAUGGCUUGGUGUGCUUUGUUCUUUAUCACUUGCAUGGCGUUUCUAGGGACUUACGUGAACUUUAAAGUAAAGAGACCGCUUUAUCUACUUCUACACGUAGCGCGAACUAAGCGAGUGUUUUGCGUGUUAGCCCAAAUUGCAUGUCUUCCUGUCGGGAUCGUCAUGGCCAGGGUUUUCCACUGCCGUGCUAUCAGUACCAAUGGAAAAGAUGUCAUGAUUUGGAACGUUGAUAAUUCUGUUCAGUGCUGGACCAUGCCUCAUURUGUCUUCGUAGCUGUUGCRUCAAUGAUUGCCUUUCUCAUAUUUAUGAUAUACCCCAUCAACCUCAUAAGGAAAACAAGAGGACAGGUCAUCUCCUUYGACCCAGAAAAGCAUGAGGGCUACCUACAGCUGAAGGAAUCUGAAUACAACCAAGGCCUGGAUAUUUUGUGGGCUGUUGGGCAGUUUCAUCUGUUCUCGUCGUUCAAGAGAUUGUGGAUCUACUACAGGCCAAUCAUGUUUUACCUCAAGUUUUUCCUUCUCUGUUUUUUCAGUUCCCUGUUGUUUUACAAAUCAGCCACUUUUUCCUACAAACUUAUACUAAAUGGAUGCAUCGCAAGUUUGUUUAUUGUGAUCCUAUUUGUGAUGCUUUCAUCUAGUGUUUCUCGCCCACCACUGACACGCUUUAGGGCAUUUGUACUCUGGCUCAUAUGGAAGUUCUUCAAAGAGACAAUCAACAUCAUCUUCAAUGUCAAACUGGAUAUUCUACUUCCAAAGUUCUUUCUUGUCCUUGUUGCYUUUGGCGCUUACACCAUUGAGAGUGCAGGGGGAGGAAUGGGGUUGUUGCUCUCACUUCUCAUGAUCAUCAUGCUAAGAUCUGUACCAUUCAGAGUGACACCUUUUAACUUCAUGAUCAUAUUUAACUUCCUUAUCAACACAGCAAAUCUAUACUUUGGCUGUGUCAUCGAGAAGAACAAAUCUGAGAAUGCUGUUAGCUCUUUGGUUGUGCAUCCUUACCCUUUCUAUGCUCUUGUUUGUGUCAAUGGCUUGUGGUUAUUGGUUACCAUCAUCUGGGUCACUUACUUGUUGCUGCGUUACUUCCGUGUCAUUGGCCCCAAACAGCCACUCUGGCCAACACUUUCAAGAGAUGGCAAAAGUGAUAUGGAGAUUGAGACUAAGAAGUACAUGAGGGCAGUACUGAGGGGUCGCCAUAUUCUUGAGAAAGCCUUAUCAAGUACACCAAUAUUUGCUCCUGUGCAUGAAAUAGAGCGACAAAUCCACAUCAUCAAUGCCUACUGCAGAGAAGCCGAGUACCUGGACGACCCAACAUUUGAGUCCCUAUGGGAUUUACUUGAUGAAUUAAUUGAGGCACACCGAGCCUUGUCGCCAUCCUCCAUGUUUUCACAGUCGGUAAAGAAGUCUGUCAGACAAACUGCAAAGGAGUUUAUGAAGUUGAUGCCACAAAUGCGCAAGCGACUGGACCAGAGAGAGUACGACUUUAUUCUUAUGAGUCCUGUAAAGAAACGAAUGUUGUUAAAGAUGUAUGUCCUGGGUGCCUUUGUUAAUGGACGGUGUGAUAAGAUAAGAUAUGAAGUUGAAAAGAAGGUUCACAAGAGCCUUGAAAAGGCAGCCAAAGCUCCCUCAUCUAUCUUUAGUAGUGGUGAAUCAGUUGAUUGGGAUAGUGUGUAUGGAACUAAAGAUUUCUAUACUACUAAUGACACCUAUGGAACCAUCUCCAGCUCUGGCAGCAGGCCAGGGACUUCUUUGACAUCCAGAGCUGAUAGUGUUGAUAAACUUUUGGAUGAAGUUGAUGGAUGGGAAGAAGAACGCAACUUGAUGGAUAUCAGCAAAAAGCAGACAAGGAGACAAUCAUCUGGCUCGUCACUUCCAUCAACUACRGAGCAAAGUUCUCCUACAGAAUCAUCAUYAUCCACUGUGUCAUUACCUGGUCAAAUAACUUUUGAUGAAUAUCCUACAAAAAUCACUCCAACAAGACCAAAAUCUGCUCCACUAAGAGAUGAAGGAAAAACGGGUUCCAAAGCUUCCCUUGUAACUCUUUAGAGAAGAAUAUUCAAAUAGAUUUACCUUGUUAUCAAAAAUAACAUACAUGUACAAAGUCAGUAAUAGGAGUAGUAGAAGAAGUUUAAUUCUUGGUGCAAAUUAUUAACUUACUUCAAUAUUUUGAAGUCAAGAUUUCAAUAAGCCUUUGUCGUGGCACAGGYGAGUAGACCCCUCCCUCUUACAUCUUGCACUAAUAAACAGGCUAAAAAUUAGGUUCCCUUAUUCACAUUUACAAAAAGACAAGUUAAUUUUACAACUUUUCAGACUGUUUUAUAGUGAUGUAACAUCUAUUACAUUUAAUYGAGUACAAACAGUUUUGGCAAAAACAUUUUUCAGCAAGCAGCAAAGUUUACAUAAGAAGUUUAUUAAUUUUACUUGAUGCUUCAGAUGCUUAAAGGUGCAAUCAUGGUUCAGCAUGCAAAAUGGUAUCAACAACCCUAAGAGUACUUGCAGUGCUUUUCGAAAAUUUGCAACACCAUGAGAAGUACCAAUUUGCAGAUCUGGAAUCCUAAAAUGCAUGAUAAGCAUCCUCACCCUUUUCCAAUCAGACUCCCCCCUUCCGAUUAGUGGCAAAAGCCAUACCUACAAAAAUUUGAUUGAGAUAGASCCACAUGGACAUGUAAAAGAAAUUAUUAGGCAUCUGGUAAUGUAUAUUGAUUGUACAUAGUCUUUUUAUCGUUUGAUCAAUAAAUAGUUCCUUAAUAUGU